AUGGCCGUUCAGACAUUGUCGGUUCGACAGAAAAGCACGCUCGAAUUGCAACAACAGGAGAUUGCCGCACAGCUCGAUUUCCGCACCUUUGUCGACGUUUUGCGCCAAGACAACGAUCUCGCAGAAAUUAAUCAAGAGAUCGAUCCGCAUCUUGAAGUUGGCGCUAUCGUAAGAAGGGUCAGCGAAGUAAGCGGAAAAGCACCACUCUUUAACAAUGUCAAAGGGGCCCGCAAUGGCCUGUGGAGAAUGUUUGGGAACGCUGCCAGCUUACGCGCCAGCGAAGAAGAGAAGUAUGGGCGCAUCGCUCGUAAUCUCGGCUUGCCUCCAAAUUCCAGCUGGAAAGCCAUCCUGGAGAGGACGCAAUCCGCGAAGAACAAGCCUCUGCUACAACCCAAUGUUUUAGCCAACGGUCCUUGUAAACAGAACAAGAUUUUUGGAGACGACAUUGACUUGAAUAAACUUCCAGCGCCCCUACUUCAUCAAGGAGAUGGAGGAAAAUAUCUGCAAACAUAUGGUGUUCAUGUUUUGCAAUCACCAGACAAAUCAUGGACGAACUGGUCAAUCUUUCGAGGCAUGAUUCAUGACAAGAGACGACUGGUCUGUCUUGUCGGAACAGGGCAACACAACUCUAUUAUUCGCGACAAGUGGCUGAAAGAAGGGAAAGACGAAAUGCCAUGGGCCUUGGCCUUGGGAAUUCCCCCAGCCGCGAGCCUAGCUGCAGCUCUGCCUAUCCCAGAGGGAGUCUCGGAAGCCGAAUACGUUGGUGCUAUGGUUGGAAAGCCCUUGGACCUCGUCAAAUGCGAGCUAAGCGACCUGCUUGUGCCUGCCAACAGUGAAAUUGUUCUUGAGGGAACUUUUUCUCUGAAGGACAAGGCACUUGAAGGCCCAUUCGAAGACUACCUGGGGUUGCAUUUCGACGGCGACCGACACAUGCAUCCGCUUUUUACAGUCAACGCUAUUACAUACCGAGAUGAUCCCAUUCUGCCGGUAUCUGUUCCUGGGAGGAUCACGGACGAAUCACAUGUCACCGCAUCUAUGGCGUCGGCCGAGCUACUGACGCUUUGCAAAAACCACGAUCUGCCUAUUAAUGACGCGGUCGCCCCUCUUGAGACCAUGGCAAACUGGUGCGCUCUGCAAGUGGACACAAAAAAGCUCACAAGCUUGAAGACAAAUUCGAAGGACUUUUGCUCAAAGCUAGGCCAGAUUGUUUACAACAACAAGAGCUCCAUGUUGUUCAACCGCAUUCUGCUCUUUGGGGAAGAUGUGGACAUCUACAACUUCAAAGACGUCAUGUGGGCCUUGGUGACAAGAUGUCGCCCAGGUCAGGACGAGUACGUAUUCGAAGACGUGCCAAGCUUCCCCAUGACUCCUUACAUGUCUCAUGGCACUGGGACUGUCAAGACCGGCGGCAAGGCGAUAUCAGACUGCUUGUUCCCCAUGGAAUAUGAGGGCCGGAAAACAUUUAGUUCGGUGGAUUUUGAGACAUCGUAUCCAGAGGAAGUCAAGAGCAAGGUGCGGGCGAAUUGGACAGCGAUGGGAUUCGAUGUCGUUUGA